AAGUUACAUGGUCACGUUCACAGAUAUGUUGGUUACAGAUUCAAGCACAACACGUCAUUUGUAACCCGCCUCUCAACCAUUAGACGUCAUAAGCCUCCAAGCGCCACUUAUGGCUACUCUCCUUCUCCAAAAAGCAGGUUUGGGGAAUGCCCCUCUGAAUCUACCGGCGGAAGAACCAACACCAAUGAAGACAAUGUCUCCAAAGAGAUUGACGUGGCCAAAAGAAACUCUGACGACGACGAGAAAGAAGAACCGAAUGUCACCGUCUUAACCAAACAGCAUAAAACCGCCAUCAGAGCCCUGAGAAAGAUCAAAUAUUUCGUCGCCAGGAGGAAGUUUAAAGAAGCUUUAAAACCAUAUGAUGUGAAAGACGUAAUAGAGCAAUACUCGUCUGGCCACGUGGAUCUGUUAGGGAGGGUGAAAAACCUGCAAGGAAGGUUAGAUUUAAUUCUUGGAAAAACUGGAUCAAGAGCAAAAGAUGUUUACCAGUCCAAGAUUAGUCUAGCUUCCAGAAUAGUGAAAGUAGAGAGAACGAUUGAAGACAUAGAGAGUAAGCUAGACCAACUGAUUGAAAUGUAUUUAGAAGACCGACAACGUUGGAAUCCACCAGUGACAUCUAACAACCUGUCACCAUCAUACUCUAUAAUGACGUUGGCGCCCCCUCCAAGUCCUGUCCCGCCCUCAGUUCCAUCUUUCUCCAUUCUACCUUCGCAGCCAAAAUUCAGGUAUAAUCUAGUUGACAAAAAUGAGCUUAAUAGCCACGUGACCAAGAAUCCUAGUCGACCUAUACAACGUGGAAACUCGGAUCUCAGUCAGCGGCUGAAAAAGAAGGUCAAACUGUGCCAUUCUCUCGACACGAACACGAGAGUGUCCGAGCAGCUGAGAAGAUCCGCCGAGAGUGAUUCGUAUUUGUGUCCAAGUAUACAGAUUGAGUCAGAGAACCAAGUGGACUUCCAGAACACUCUGCAGACUUCCGUUACCUCCGUGGGAGCAUGUUCCGAAGCAAGUACAGACAUGGAAUGCCUAGUUAUCAGCGAGGGGGACACCGACUCGAGUCCUGAAGAAUCAGAUGUUACUCGUUUUCUCACUGAUUCUGACUGUGACGUCAGCACCAUUACGGUUAUCCUCCCUGAAAAGUUAUCCUCAAGUAGGAAGCAGGUGAAAGACUUGAAAACUUAGAAUGUUGGCGCCAUCUAGUGAUGUUUUUUGAAAUUACGUCUCUUAGGCAAGCUUUAAAUUUUGUAUAUACUGAAAGAUGUUUACAUUAUUAGCACUUCUCUAUUCUCAACCCAUUCAGAUCGGUGCAUUCCAUCCAUCUCACUUUCCAUUUCACCCUCGUAAGUAGCUCUUUUUGUGGUCAAAGUAAGUUUUGUGGUCUGAGGCUGCACCACCAGGAAAUCACUAGAAUCUCAGGAAUAACUAGCAUUUAUUUUUGAAGAUUUUAAAACACUAAUUGAAAUACACGCAUUUUUAACUCUCACCGGUGUCGUUUAUCUAAAUAUAUUAUUGUAACUUUAAGUUGUCAUACCAUGUGGUACAAUCUCUUAUGUUUCUGAACAUGUUUGGUUUUCCUGUUUGUUUUUUUUCUCAUUUAUACUUUGUAAGGAAAAACAAAAGUUAUAAGGUUAGGAAUUCUGUUGUGUAUUUUGAGCUCUGGUCCGUAUAUUCGUAACGUGAGAAACAAUUAUUUUAAAUUUAGUUUUCGUGCUUUGGUUUGUGAUUAUUGGUAUAUAAUUUAAUAUAUUUCAUUGGUCAGGUUAUUUUUACUUUGAUAUAAAAGGUUAUAUUUCAACUUUCAAAUACAGCCUAUUUUCUCAGUACGCCUUGCCAGCUUCAGCUAACUUCUGUAAUUAACACUGACCCUUUAGAAACACAAGAAUUAAAGCCAUAAAAUAGAGGUAACUCAACCUCGUUUUUGUGAGCUUUUUAAAAACACGUAUUUAUAUAAACAAGUCUGCUUCUCAACCAUUUUUUAUUAUCUUAGCCUUGUAUAAAACUCAGGAAAGCUCACUAAUCAGGUAGCUCCUCCGGAAAGUCACCAGUUUUCAUAACAUCUUACUUCGCUUUUACACAUCUCUCUAUAUAGUUACUCAGCUCUAUAGAAGUAACAUUUUAAACCUAUCCUGCACAGACUCCCAUAUCAAGAACGCUCUCAGCUUUAAACGUCAUGAAUAUCAUACAUCACAAACACCUGUAGCUUUUCACAUCACGAGCUCCUAGAGUUUUCCAUUUCACGAGCUCCUAGAGCUUUC